AUUUAAAACAACCACCGCUGGUAUUUUCAGUAAAGCCACAAAGAUUUUUCAAUUUAUCAUUAAUUUUACUUUUUGAUUACAUAUCUUUUCCCUCAUUAUAUUAUUUUGUCUCUUUCCGCGCUCUCUCGCUCUCGCCGCCGACUGCGUAACGGUCGCCGGCCGCAUUACGCCGAUCAAUCCGUUCCGUUCGCAGACGUAUCAAUUUCAGUUCCCCCGGAAGUCUAUCUGCAGUAUUCCGAUUCGAUUGCAUUCUCAUUCACUCUCCCAAACCCAAAGGUUUAUCUCAGGAGGUGUGCAAAAAUGAUUGGAUCGUUUCUUACAAGAGGGCUUGUGAUGGUAUUUGGAUAUGCGUAUCCUGCUUACGAAUGCUACAAAGCGGUUGAAAAGAAUAAGCCUGAGAUUCAACAGCUUCGAUUCUGGUGCCAAUAUUGGAUUUUGGUGGCUGCUUUGACGGUUUUCGAAAGAGUUGGCGAUACUUUUGCUUCGUGGGUUCCACUGUAUAGCGAGGCGAAACUGGCAUUUUUCAUAUACCUUUGGUUUCCCAAGACCAGAGGAACUACAUACGUUUACGAUUCUUUCUUUAGACCAUAUCUUGCAAAGCAUGAAAAUGAAAUCGACCGCAACUUGGUAGAGCUAAGGACCAAAGCUGGAGAUAUGGCAGUGAUAUACUGCAGAAAAGCAGUGUGCUACGGACAAACAAGAUUCACAGAGAUCCUGCAGUUUGUAGCUCUACAGUCAACACCAAAACCUCAACCGAAGGAAAAGAAGCAGUCGUUACCAGAAGAGGUGGAACAGAAGCAAUCGGACCUCAAGGCGGCGAACCAAGCAGCGUCUAGUCCUCAAGUCCGUCCACAGCCCAAGAAACCACAACUUCUAACCAAAGAACCGAUAUUGGUAAAGCCUACUAUAACAUCUCCACGUAAGCAGCAGCAACAACAACAACAAACAACUGAGACCAAGGAAGUAAAAGCAAGCGUGUCACAAACCAAGCUCACUCCUCUUCCUCCACCAUCAUCACCCUCAACCGCCACGAAACCAAACGCUGAUUCGGCACAGCCAUCAUCAACUGAAGCAGAGACAGCGUCACAGACUGUUGCAGCGUUACCAGCGUCUGCGAUUCAGCGAGCGUCAUCUUCUUCUUCUAAAGAGACUAUAAUGGAGGAGACACUAAGGGUCACUCGUGGGAGUCUGAGGAAAGCUCGUUCAACGGGAGCGCGCUAAAAGGUUAAUAGAAAAAGAAACACACAAGUUCAAAACUCUGCUCUUUAUUGUUUCUUCCGUCUUACGAAGUCAGCUUCAACAGAAACAAUCGAUUUUAUCAUAAUAAUAAAAAAAUGUGUCAUUUGUCUUAUUCUUUCGUCUUACUUAUUUGGCUUCGCAUCAUUUUAGUUUGUUUUAUAAUAACUUUUUAUUUAUUUUUAUUUUAUCAAUGUAGGACUUUCAAACACAUACUUAUAUUUUUUUUAUUCAUUGUUUAGGCAA